AUGGCCAUGGCGCUCGCGGAGGCUGGGGCGCGUGCGGUGUACUGCGUCGACCAGGGUCCGGAACCGUCAUAUGAGUGGAAGGCAACAAGGGAGCAUCUCCAGCGACUGGAGCCAUUGGACCGACCGAUGCCCUCCACGGGCGAGAAAUCCAAGGCAGGCGGGUGGGAACCUCCACGCCUCGAGUACAUUUCCGCCGACGUGCGCGACCAAGCGCUCAUACUCUCCAUCGGCGAAUCCAUCGGAGCACGCGAAUGCAGACUCGACGUGUGCGUCGCCGCCGCCGGUAUACCCAGCACGCACACGGGCUGUCUCUCCUACCCCUCCUCCGAAUUCCGGCGCGUCCUUGACGUGAACGCCGCCGGCACUCUGUUCACCGCGCAGGCGGCAGGGCGGCAGAUGAAGAAAUUUGGCAACGGCGGGAGCAUCGUGCUCGUCGCGUCCAUGAGCGGCUCAAUCACGAAUCGGGGGCAUAAAUGGGUCGCGUACAAUGCGAGCAAGGCAGCUGUGCUGCAGAUGGCGAGGAGCAUGGCGUGUGAGCUCGCCAGGGAUGCAAUUAGGGUCAAUUCCCUUUCUCCUGGGUAUAUGUAUACCAACAUGUCGGCAGCAGAGCUUGAGACGACGCCGCAGCUUUUGGAUCAGUGGUCUGAACUGACGCCUAUGGGUAGGAUUGGACGUCCAGACGAGCUGCGCGGUGUUGUAACGUGGUUAGCGAGCGACGCGUCAAGUUAUUGUACAGGAAGCGAUAUUCUUGUGGCAGGAGGACAUCAGGCAUGGUAG